AUGGACAUCCCGAAUGCUAAUUGUUUGCUUUGUGAUGAGGAUACAAAGUCUAUUUACCACUUGUUUGGGAGUUGCCCGUUUGUUAAGUCCCUUUGGAGUAAGUUCACGUUGGCUUUGGGAUUUGUUCAAUUACCGGGUUCAUGGGAUGAGAUCAUUGUUGCUGCCCGCAUCAAGGCUAAAGGUAAUAGAUUUCCAGUCAAUGUCUUCAAAUGUGAUUUUGCUGCCAUUGUUUACCAUGUAUGGACUGAGAAAAACGCAAGAGUAUUUGACAGAAUUCGACGAAUCAUUGAUCAAACUUGGAAUGAUAUUGUUUUUGAUUGCGGUGCAUAUAUAAGAACAUGGAGAAGGGUUCCCAAGAGUGAAAGGGCGUGGAACAUUUGUCGGGAUUGGAAAGUUGCUUAUGAAGAAAUCACGUCUUUUGGAAGCUAUAAAGGGAGAUAUAAUUUAUUGUAUUUCGGUUUGUAA